AUCUGGCAGUUUAUGAAACCAGAUCUCGCGGUCUUCUUCCUCAUUGGCUGAAAUUAACAUUUUUGCCACAAGACGACCAUUGCGAUGCGACAUACGCUCAAAUCGGCGCAAUCGAUAGUUACUCUAAUUGCGUUCAUCUCUUCUUGGGUCCUGCCUGUGAUUACUGUGUCGCGGUCGUGGGUAGAGCAGUGAAGUUCAUGGGAGCUCCAUUAAUUACUACAGGCGGUUUCACAUUCGACUUCACGGAGAGAAAAAAGGAAUGCAAAGACGAAUAUUUCAUGACAACGAGGACAGGGAUUUUGGCCUUUCGAGACAUCGCCAAAUUUUUCAUAUCCAUCAUGGAUCGAAACGAGUGGCGAAAAGUGCACCUACUGUACGCGACCAACGGACAGACACAAUUGGCAGGGAGGCAUACAUGUCAGCUGAUGAUGAAAUCCAUGGUGGAGUUCAUCAAGAAGAGACAAGACUUCACUUUCGGCACAUUUGAUGUCGAGGCGACCACCAACAAGGACUAUCCGGAGGCCCUUAAGGACCACGUCGGGAAUUCCUACUCUGGGACAGCUCUUCGUUAUCUUUACAAUAGAUAUUCCGAAUACUGGGGAUUUAUUCUCUUACCAAGUACUGGCAAGACUUUUGGCAGCGAGAUGUCAUAUGACGGAUCAGCUGGGAGUAAAACUGCAACUCUGAGCUCGCAAGAGACUACCCCAUCACGAUUUGCACUGCAAAGAGAUUCGCAGUCUCUUGACAACUGGACCUCUCGGCAUGCCGAGUCCACCUUCACUUGA